CUUUGUUCAAGUACUAACCAUAUAAAAUAACCUAAAAAAAAACCCAGUAAACAAAAAUGACAACCCGUCACCGCUUUGUUAGGAUAUGAUAUUAAUACAAGCAAGCCCCCAACCAACCCAAUAGAAAAGAGAUAGAUAGAUUGAUCAGACCUCUGACACAAUUAUCACAUCAUCGUCAUGCUUCCCACUAGCCCCAUCCAUUCACUGCGCCGCUCUCUAGUGACUCUAGCUCUUCCUUUCGCGAUCUGUACAGCUCCUGCGCCUCGCGCUCACGACGAGAGACAAACGUCACUUCAUCCCGGAGAACCUCUAGUCUCCUGCUGAUACCCGAUUCUUCUCCAAGCUGAAGUGUUCGGAAAGCGUCUAGCUCGAAUUUGGCCUUCUCGAGCGCUUCAUUGGCUUCCACAAUUUUCGUCCUGAGAGUUUUUGCCCGAGCUUGAUACCCGCCAUUGUGGAGAGAAAUCUUCUUCUCUAACUUAUUCCCUUGUUCUGCAGUGGCUAGAAGUGAAGUCUGCACAUUGUCAAAAGCGGUCAUCAUGAGUUGCUCCUGCAUCUCAUAAUCAUCGUCGUCGGUGAAGAGUGAGAGGCCUGGGAGGCCGGAUGAUUCAUGGAGGAAAGACCAUGAGGUCGUGAAAGUAUCCUGCCAAUCCUGCUGGGAAGGAAGAGAGGCCACCUCAGCUACGAUAGCCGCACGGGCUUCGGCCAGUUGUGCAUCGCUAAAAGAGGCCAAUUUCGGAGCAUUUCCCUCAAUCUUAGCACCAGGCAAGGGGAAUUUCCGGGCAUCGUGGGCAAUAAGGGUGAUCAUCUCUCGCGUAAUCAAGUGCUGUGCAGGGUCUGAAACAUGACUUGACUUCCCCACCAAUGCGUCCAGGUUGAGAACACUAGGUCGCGGCAGACCUAGUUGAUAUACUUGGGUCUGCCUUUUAAAUUCAGCCUGAGCCGCCCUGUCAGCGGCAGCUUUAUUUCUCCUAUCCCGUUCAGCUGCAUCCUCUUCGGAAAGCACCUCUUUGACACUUGGCUCUGCUUCUUCCGUUGGCAAUUCCUCCAGCUCCCACUCCACCUCUUUUGGCGUAGGAAGAUUGCCAAGUUGGCUGCGUAAUUGGCGCCGUAAAAAGUCCUCACGCAAUUUCACAUCCCUUGGAGUGUUACCAACAAGAGACCCCAUAUCAGCAUCCUUGUUGAUAGCAAAGUUGUCUCUGGGUGUACGUAGUGGGGUGGCUCCUACGCCCAUUGGCGUUUUCAUUGGAGUGGCACCUAUACCAUUAGCACUAGCUUGACGGAAAGGUGUGGCCAUGGGAUUCGGUGUAACGAGUGCAUGUUUCCGCGGCGCAAUUCCUUCAAAGCCAGUAGAUCCACCGCCUUCAUGUAAUGGCGUAUUUUCUCCGCCCAGCAGGGAGGAUUGUGUUUCCGUCAAGGCUUUGAUAUUUCGGAUUUCGUUUGCAAUCCGAUCUUCUUCAGCCGGGGCUCUGGGAGUUCGAAUGGGUGUGCCCCCAACGAUUGCAGAAUAGUUACUGAUUAAACCUCGCGUUCCAUCAUUCUCCUCUUCCCCUGCCAUCUUGCUUGCCCGCUCUCCCGCCAUGCCCAUUUUCACGAUCUCUUCAAGCUCGGUUUCGCUUACUUGGGGAGAGGGGAGUACGAGGGCCCGACGCUUACUGCUCUGUUCCGCUUCUCGGAUUUUCUGCAUCUGGCCUGCCUUUGCAGCCGCAGCGAAAGCAGCAUUGCCACUUUUGUCAUUUUUUCUUCUCUUCCUUUCGGGAUCCUCGUCUUGAUCGCCUUUCCGUUUACUGGCAAGCUGUUGCUUUCGAGGAUCGAAUAAUGCCCUCUGCCGCUCAUUCCUGGCUUCCUCUUCCAAAGUAUCGUAGAAGCCGGGGGCUGGCUGUUUCUCAAAAGGAAUAUCCGCAUUGUAAUCCAUCUGGCCCUUCUUUCGGCUGACGACUUUAAUGUUAACCCCGGCAUUUUUCAGCUCACGACGCUUUUGUAGAACCGCAAGGCGACGUGACUCUUCCAAUUGGCGCUCUCGAGCUUUCCGCUUGGCUUUCUUUCCUUGUGUAUUCGCGAGGCGAGCACGUGCCUCGCUAAGCAUCUCCUUUUCGUCCUCAUCGAGAUCGAUGGUAUCGGGGCGUGCGGGUUUAGAUUCGGGAUCGGGGUCCAAUUCGCCUGGCCUAAAGGAAAAAGAUUAGUGGCGAUUAGCGAUACAGGGAGAGAGUUUAUCGUACCGUAGUCUUCUGACAUCAUCAGCACUAGGGGCUGCAGUUUCACCUCCGGCAGGACCGCCUAGGCCCAGUUCAUCGGAUUCCCGGGCCUCUGCUUCAUCCAACAGCUUUUGAUAUCGUUCUAAGCAUUGGGUCGCCGUCCUUCCGACAAUAGGAGCGAUAGUUCGCCACUGAGUAGGCAUUAACUUGGCCAGAUGGAGUAGUUUUUCGUCUUCCUCUCGCGACCACUCGAUCUUCCGGAUAGCGGGGUCUAGCCAUUCUGACCAGCGUGCUUUGCAUUGUUUCGGCGUUUUCCUGGCAAGAAGGGAGGAUACUCGCGCCCACUGAUUCAGUCCAUAUUUGGACACAGCUACCUUAACGAUCUCAUCCUCAAUAUUCGUCCUGAUACGGGGAUUAGCGCGCGGGAACACAAGAUGAUGAGAAAAAAACGUAGUAGCUUACCAUACUCCGCCCUUGACGACUGGCAUCUUGACUGGCGACGUGAAUGACCAGGCUUGAGGUUGGUUGUUGCGCUAGCCAGCUGAAUGUUGUCGGGAAGCGUGCAAGAAGGAUGAAUGGCAAAGGAGUUUUGGCGCCUUUGACGCGCCUUUUUAGCGCCAUUGCCGCUAACCAAAUUGAUAAACCAACCAAACCCAAAAUUUCUUGUGUCGGGCGCUAUCUCAAAAGAAAUCUGCUAUUCCCUCCAACCCUUUUUCAGGGCAGCAAUACGGGUUCUAGCUGACAAAAAUGGCGACUGCAAUCGAAGCACCUCAUCAAUACAAGCAACCUUCUCGAAAAGGGAAAAGGGCAUGGAGAAAACAUGUGGAUAUUACUGAAGUCGAUGCGGGCCUACAGCGAGUACGAGAGGAAGAAAUCGAAGGGGGUGUUAUUGCAGAAAAGCCUUCCGAGGACCUCUUCGUUCUAGACUCCAAAGGCUCAGACGAACUCCAACGAAAAGUGAAGAGUACAAAACCCUUGAAGUGUGAUGAGAUACUUGCCCGCCGUUCUGCAAUCCCUUCAGUUGACAGCCGCAAACGGGGAAGUUCUAAAGUUACAGAUGGGAUACUUGAACCAAAAAGCAAGCGGUCGAGGAGCGACUGGGUCACUCACAAAGAGUGGAUGCGGUUGAAGCAAGUUGCGAAAAAUGCAAAUAUUCAGGAACAAGAUGAUGACAAAAGAAUAUCGCAUGACCCUUGGGAUGAGGACAACACUCCUGAACCUGCAGAGCAAACGAAAUUAAAUUUCCUUGAGAAGCCCAAACCAAUCGUCGUACCUCCAACAACAAAACUCCCAUCCCUUUCAUUGGCAGCCAACGGAAAGCCUGUGCCAUCGAUCAAAAAGCCAGAUCCCGGAAUAAGUUAUAACCCGACAUUUGAAGACUGGGACCGUCUUCUAACCGAGGAGGGUCAAAAAGAAGUUGACGCGGAGAAGAAGCGUCUAGAAGAGGAAAAGGCAGAACAAGAGAGAUUAGCGCGAAUCGAAGCUGCCAAAGAUGACAGCGGAGAGGCACAGUCAGACGACGAGAGUGCCUGGGAGGGCUUUGAGAGUGAAUAUGAGACCCCUGAGUGGCUUAAGAAAAAGAGGCCCGAGCGGAAAACCAGGGCUCAACGCAAUAAGAUAAAGAGGAGAAAGGAGGCUGAGAGGAAAGCGAAAUGGGAGGCGAAGCUUAAAAAACGAGAAGAACAAGCUGCUCAAGUGAAAGCGAUAGCUGAAGCGGUCGCAGCGAAAGAAGAAGCUGCAAAACAGCUGCAGAAAGCAGAGGAUGACUCAUUAGUAGAAGGGGACGAUAGAUUUCUACGGAAGAGACCUUUUGGGAAAAACCCGGUUCCUGCCAAACCAUUGGAGGUCGUUUUACCGGAUGAACUGCAAGACUCUCUACGUUUAUUGAAGCCCGAGGGCAAUUUACUCGGAGACAGGUUCCGGAAUCUCAUCGUUCAAGGCAAACUUGAAGCGAGAAAUCCAAUUACGCAACCGAAGAAGGCGAAGAGGGAUUAUACAGAGAAAUGGACUUACAAGGACUUCAAAAUUAAACCAUAGAUUAAUGAGCUAAUUGGCGUUUUAUGGAGUUUUGACAAUAUGAAUUCUAGAGAUUUAAUGCUAUUAUCAUGGCCCUUUUUUGUACUGUGGAGGAGUAACUUGGCCUUUCAAUAUAUUAUUUAAUAUUUGACAUCAUGGCUCUCUGUUUGCUCUGUUUGCAGAAAUGCGCCGGAAACUUUAAAAAUGCUAGAUUCACUUCUUUCCGCAACUUCCACCCAACAGGUCAUC